AUGAAAUGUUGUAGGCCUAGUUGUCACUUUUGGUGCAACAUGGCUAGAAAAGGAACACCCAGAGCUCAGAUUACAGUUCCCGUCCCUAAUGGUCAGGGACUGCUGCUUGCCACUGAUAAAGCACCUCGCGAAACUCACACUUUGAUCCUUCCUGAGUUUGGAUCUCAGGCACCACUGCUUUCAGUAGAGACUAAUGCUAAAGUCCCCAAGAAUAUCAAUUCUUGUAAGAAGCGGCAGGUCUCCAGAUCCACGAGCUCUGGGCUGGGCAAUCCGUUCUACAGAUUCAGGCGCAAAACCUGGUAA